AUGAUUGAAGAAAAGAAGGAGAUCAGCACCUCGCAGGCCGCUGCGGCGGGCACCUCGGCUGCCCCCGUCUGCGGCGCCGCGGCCGCAGCCCACCCGCCGCUGCUCGACGCCGCAGAGCCAGCCACCGCUGCAGCGCCCGCCGCAGCAGCAGCAACAACAGCAGCAGCAGCAGCAGCAGCAGCUAAGGGAGGGCCGAAGCAGCAGCAGGGGCUCUCCCCCCUCCACGGCCAUCUUCUCUCUCGAGUGCUUUGGCUCAGCAGCAGCAGCCCCAAAGAAAAGCUGCAGUGCAGUCUCGUCUGCAAAGACUGGGGAGCAGCACUCGCCGCUCCCGCAGCAGCGUGGAGCCCCACAGCAGCAAGCAGCAGCAGCAGCAGCAGGGCAAAGGCCCUCCCGCUGCAGGGCCAUUUGCUGCUGCAGGUGCUGGGCCUAGCAGAAGAGACGCAGCAGCAGCAGCAGCGCCUGAAGCUCGUCUGCAAAGACUGGAAAGAAGCCUUGGCAUUGCCUGCAGCGUGGCUAGACACCCGAGAAAGUUUGCAGCCGGCGGAGCCCGCAAGGACGCGCCGCAUGGAAGAAAGACUCGCAGUUUACUUCGCCGCCCUGAAGCAGCAAAGCGACGAUUUGCUGCAGCAGCGAAAAUAUAAAUGA